AUGUUCUGCUAUCACUGUCCACCGUCGCUGCAUCCUGCCGGACCACACCCGCCCCGGUUACCGACGCUCGAGUAUCCUUUCGCACCGACACAUCCUUAUACUAGCUACUCCUAUCACCCAGCUAUUCACGAUGAAAGCUUCGUCCGGCGGAAGCAACGGCGCAAUCGGACCACGUUCACGCUGCAGCAGCUGGAAGAACUGGAGACGGCGUUCGCUCAGACGCACUAUCCCGAUGUGUUCACCAGGGAGGAUCUCGCCAUGAAGAUCAACCUCACGGAAGCACGAGUUCAGGUCUGGUUCCAGAACCGGCGGGCCAAGUGGCGCAAGGCGGAGCGGCUGAAGGAGGAGCAACGCAAGCGGGGUGGCAGUGGUGGAGCCGAUGGAACCGAUUCCCAGCUGAUGAGCGAUAAGCUCGACACGGACAGCCGGGACUCCAGCCCGGACAUCACCGGAGACGCCGACGACGACGAUAUGCGGAGCUCCAGCGUGCCUCCGAUGAGUCCCCGGGUUGAUUCGGAACCGGAACGUCCCGGAUCUUCCACGCAGCUCAACUCGGCUCAUUCUCUGUCGCAGUCCGCUUCCAACAGUGCCGGGACACCAUCACCGGGGCUAAAAUACGGGCAGUACUCUGUGCCAAGUCCUGCACCGUCAGCCUCAGCAGACUCCCCGAUCGAGGUUGGUGGUCCAAUUUCACUUACCACCUCUUCCCGCACACCACCGGCCGACUCACCGAAUCAGACCGCCAGCAGCAGUUCGAUUGGUGGCCUGCCCACAGUCACAACAACACCCAGCUUCAGCAGCCACAUCUUCGGAGGUUUCAAUGAAAGCAAUGGUGGAUUCCGGCCCGUGUUGGAUAAUGGACAACCGAAGACUACGCCACCGCUCUUCCUGCCGCCGCAUCUCGCUUCCCUCAGCUCGCAGUUCACACCGCCACUGUUUCCCAGCUUAAAAGCCGCCUUCCCCGGUUUGUGCUCGUGCUGCCCAGUGAAAGCCCCCACCACGAGCGGUUCUUCCGUUUCACCCACCUGCAGCUCCUCGUCCCCAUCGUCCACCAGCUCGAUCGCAGGCUCCAUGGCCGGAUCGGGCCUAUCGUCGAUAACGAGCUCCGUCGUCAGCAGCGGACUACCGGAUCCUCGAUCGUCCUCUGUUGCUGAACUUCGCAGAAAGGCACAAGAGCACUCGGCCGCGCUACUCCACUCGCUUCAAGCGGCUGCCGCGGCGGGUCUCGCAUUUCCCGGUUUUCAUUUGCCACCGCUCACGCUUCAUUCCGCGCUCAGCGGUGCGGGCCGUAAGCCGUCGGAUUUCAUCAGUGAUCUUUCAAUGCAUCAUCAUCAUCACCAUCAUCAUUUGGCAGCGGCAGCGGCCGGGGCUCAUCAUCUCGGUGGCCAUCUUGCGGGCAUGCACCAUGGGCUGAACAACAACAGCACCACGGCCACUAAUAACAAUAGCAGCAUCAACAACAACACUCCCACAAGCAACAGCAGUGGCAGCCCUCCGGGAGGUGGAAUGGUGGCGCUACAUUCCGACACGCCCCGAUCACCUCGAUCACACGCAAACAAUGGCAAUGCAAAGUCGGAGGCAAACGAAUAA